GGUCAGAGUUCAUAAGCUCUCAAAAUGGCGGCCGAACCAGUAAAGGAGUGGAGCGAUGAGCAGCUCAAAAGUGAUGAUUUGCCGAAAAAGGACAUAAUAAAAUUCAUUCAGGACAAUGCUGCAAACUCGUUUCUCAAUGAGCACAAGCUGUUAGGAAACAUCAAAAAUGUUGCCAAAACUGCAAAGAAGGAGCAGCUGAUAGUCGCCUACAACCAGCUUUUUGAGAGCAAAAGGUUUAAAGGCUCCGAGCCAGUGGAGGAAGUGACUGAGCAAGUCAAAAAUGUUCAAAUCGAUAGUCAACCCAAAGAGGUGAAGGCUGAAGUCGUGGACGAGGGUCCACCGAAAUUCACCAAGUCUGUGCUGAAGAAAGGGGACAAGACUAACUUCCCAAAGAAAGGGGACACAGUGAGCUGCUGGUACACUGGCACUCUGGAGGAUGGAACUGUCUUCGACACCAACAUCCCCGCAGGUGCAAGAAAGAAGAAGCAAGCGAAACCACUCAGCUUCAAAGUUGGCAUGGGUCGAGUCAUCAGAGGAUGGGAUGAGGGUCUUCUGACCAUGAGUAAAGGUGAAACCGCCCGGCUGGAGAUCGAACCAGAAUGGGCCUAUGGAAAGAAAGGCCUUCCUGAUUCCAAAAUCCCUCCAAACGCAAAGUUGAUCUUUGAGGUCGAGCUGGUGUCUGUGGAUUAAUUUCAACACUGAUCUCUGUUGCGCUCCUGGAUGUAAAACACCUGGAGCGUGUUUUCUGUUAUGGCAUGUGAAUAAUGUACAUAUGAGACAAUGUUUACAUCUUUUGGCCUUUGUUUUGACAAUGCAAGCAAUAAAGAAAACACGAUGAAAUUCAACUUCAAG